UCAAGAAAUGAUUACACUCUUUAACUUUUAUCUCAAUAAAUUUCAUCUCGAGCAUAUUUUGAUACAGUCAAUAGAUAACGGGUUGUUUUUCUUUUUACCGACUCACCCUGUAUAGUCUAUUGGUUAUGGACGUUCUCCAUGUUAUUAUAUUUCCUUCCCGCAGAUACAUUAAUAUAGCAAGUGGACCGAAUCAGUUAGGACGUUUAAAAUCAACAGAUGCAUGUUGCCGAACUCACGACAUGUGUCCCGAUGUAAUUGAGGCUUAUAAGAAGAAACACGGAUUGACUAAUCCUGCCUUUUAUUCCAGGUUAAGUUGCGACUGCGACGAAAAGUUUCGUCAAUGUCUUAAAAAAUCGAAAGACGAAAUAAGUGCCAACUUAGUAGGAUUCGCCUAUUUCACUCUAUUAAGAACGCAAUGCUUCCGAGUGGAUUAUCCUAUCGUGGACUGCAUAGAAAGAUCCUGGUUUUUGAAACGUUGCAAGAAGUACCGGUUCGAUACGAAAGGCCAGAAGAAGUAUCAGUGGUUCGAUUUACUUGAAUACUAAUCUUAAGCACGAUCCACAAACGACAUCGAGU